UUUCCGACCGAUGAGAUCCUCUUUCGUCUCGUCCCCCCACAAUUGUUAAAUCUCUGCAACCGAACAAUCAAGCAAUUAUCUCAAAACACCAAACAAAUUCCAAUCUUUCUUCUACUUGUCGGCGAGCUCUCAAAUGGGCGGCGCCAAGCGUCCCGAGUCCAUAUCGGAAGUAGCGAAAUGGAAAGUGUUUUAUGCGCCGCUGGUGAAAUUGCUAAAGAAUCAACAAGAGCAGAUCGAAACUCUGCUCAGCCAGAGGAAAUCUCUUGAAGAAUGGAUAAAGAAGCAUCAGGAAGCACGGACUGCCAAUCAUCGACUCUAUGAAACUCAUAUCUCCGAACUCAUGUCACGCCUGGAAGAGAAAGAGAUGGAGCUAUUAAUGGAGGCUGCCAAAACUGAGUUGAUGGUGGGAUUGAAGCACAGAGAAGCUGUGGUCCGUAAACUGAAGUUAGAGGAAACAGAAGAUGAAUUGGCAGAUUUCAGGGCGUUGUUUGACCUCCUCACUGCUAGCUCGAAAAAAGUGAGUAAUAUGUUGUUUGACCUCCUCACAGCUGGCUCGAAAGAGACCGACGAACCAGAUCAAGGCACUGAAUCACGUAGGCGAACAAGAUCUUCCACCUCUAAGAUAGCAGCAGCAGACCCUGAAUCUGAAAGGCUCAAGCUCAAGUACGAGAAGCUUGUUUCUGACAAGAAUGUUGUGAUCGCCAUGCUCUCGAAGGAGAAAACCUUCAUAUGGAACCAAUUCAACAUGUUGGAAAGCAAGCUGACCGAAAAGCUGAAGGUGAAGCAAGCUGAAGUCGAUCAAGCUAAUGAUAAGUUGGUCCAAGUUGUCACCACGGCUGAGCAGCUCCAAUCUUCCAAUGGUGAGAAGGAUGGGACCAUCGCGGAGCUGAGAGAGCAGCUCCAAUCUUCCAACACCGAGAAGGAUGAGGCCAUCGAGAAGCUGGAAGCUCGAGUGCACGAGUUAUCGCAAGAGUUGGAAGGUCUUAAGAAGUCUCAAGUUGCUACUCCUGCGUUGAGAAGCUGUAAGGGCAUGGCUGUUAAAACUGUAAAGAAAGAGUCAAAUGCUGAGAAUGGUAGCAGAAGCUCGAAGAGAAAGGGAGAUGAUGAUGAUGCUGUUAUCAUCGUGGAAUCGCCACCGAAUCUGUUCACUUCUUCCUUCAGAGUCCCUAAACUGAAGAACUCCUCAACUCCUGCUUAGUGUCGUGGAAGGGAACUCUAUUUCGAAGGGUUUUGGGAGAGUUGGCUUGGCUUAAACAUCGUUGAGCGACUACGGAUCUGUAACAAACCGGUUAGUAGUAUUACAUGUAAAGAGUUUAGUGAAGCGUUAGGUUGUAGCUUGCACAUUGUAGUGAAAUUCCUAACCAAUUUUAGUGACUCUGUUACAAUAUGUAACAUAAGUAUCUUGUGAAUAUGAGAAUUGCUCUUGUUGUUGUCCACUUGUCCGAAUUGGCACAACUUAGUCAUUAGCU